AACGAAUCCGUGGACCACAGUCUAUUCGAAUAUAAAAUUCAUGGUUCACAAAAAUCUUCCCUAUUUCUUAAUAUUCAAAGGGAAAUAGAAAAUACAAAAACCCUUUUCACCAUUUUCUGUUUUUUUUUUAGAGAGAGAAAGAAAAAAAGUUGAAUAUGAGAAUACCGUUUGUUCCAACUUCCAGGGUCCAAUUUUGAUACAGCCUCUGUGUUCUUGCAACUCUUGUUUCUUAUUCUUUCUUCGGUUCCUCUCUUCUUCUCUCUUUCUUUCCCCGAACAAAAAUAAAUAAAUAAAUAAAUAAAAGAAAGAGAAAGAAGAAGAAUGGAGGGUGAGGGUGCAGCAGUGUGGCAAGGUGCGGUUUUAGGUGGAAUACUCUUCUGGCUUGUCUCUGCUUCAUACCUCAACGUUACUCGCAAACUUAGAUCUUUCUUCCAACCUUUGGUUUCUCGUCACGUUGAAACUGAAACCCCAAUUAUCCUCCAGAUCCAGAGCUACGGGUUUGGAUUCCUUGAUGCACUUUUCUCUGUGUUGUCUUGCGUUGUUUCUGUGCCCUUUUACACUGCUUUUCUCCCUCUGCUGUUCUGGAGUGGUCAUGGCAAAUUGGCGAGGCAGAUGACGUUGUUGAUGGCGUUUUGUGAUUAUCUUGGCAACUGCAUAAAGGAUGUGGUUUCAGCUCCAAGACCUGCUUCUCCACCUGUCAAGAGAGUAACUGCCACAAAAGAUGAAGAAGAUAAUGCGUUAGAAUAUGGAUUGCCUUCUUCUCACACACUUAACACAGUUUGCUUAUCUGGUUACCUUCUACACUAUGUCCUGACUCAUACUGAAAUUCAAGGUGCCUAUGUUACUUUUCUCGGAGUUUCUCUUGCCUGCAUUCUAGUGUUUCUCAUUGGUUUUGGAAGAAUUUAUCUUGGCAUGCAUAGUGUGGUUGAUGUUCUUGCUGGCCUUCUUAUUGGACUUGUGGUCCUUGCAUUUUGGCUUACUGUUGAUGAAUAUGUAGACAGUUUUGUGAUCUCAGGACCAAAUGUGACAUCCUUUUGGGCUGCCUUGAGCUUCCUCUUGCUUUUUGCUUAUCCAACUCCCGAACUUCCAACUCCAAGCUUUGAGUUUCACACUGCUUUCAAUGGUGUUGCAUUAGGAAUUGUCACUGGAGUACAGCAAACAUAUCAUCAAUUUCACCAUGACAACGUUCCUCGUUUGUUCUCUACAGAAAUGACUAUGCCUGUAUUUGUGGGAAGGAUGCUCUUGGGCAUACCUACUAUUCUAAUAGUGAAAUUCUGCAGCAAGGCUCUUGCAAAGUGUUCUAUUCCUGUGGUAGCAAACACCUUGGGCAUCCCUAUAAAAUCAACCAGCUAUAUCCCCACAUUGAAUGCAUCUGUAACGGGGAAGAAGUCCGAAAAGCUUAAACAAAGCUACUUGCAAAAGCUCCUUUCCCAGCACAAGGCAUUCGAUGUUGAUACCGGAAUUAGAUUUGUUCAGUAUGCAGGCCUUGCGUGGUCUGUAGUUGACCUAGUACCAACCAUUUUUUUAUAUAUGAGCUUGUGAAGAGAUAUGCUUACAAUUUUGAACAGCCAGAGACAAUCCUAUUUCGGUCAUGUAUACAGUCAAAUUGAUAUAUAAUGUAAGAACAAUAGAUAAUUUCCACGCGGUGAAAUCUUAACGUGACAAUUUCUCAAGUCGAUCCAUCGAAUAUUUCUACAAUCUUCGCGCGCCCCCAAAAAUGUAAAGAUUAUGUUCACAUUAAUUCAGCUUCAGAUUAAUUUCAUGCCUAUAUGUCAA